AGUUCAGUAAGCUGUCGGUAGCUUCGUGAGACGGAUCUCGAGAACCAGUCACCCUCGAUAACCGGCCGAGUUUAUAAAAUCAGAACCAAAAAAGUGCCAAGUUGGUGUUGUUGGUGUUGUUUUUUUUUUUUUUUUGGAGGAGGAAAAUAUAUAUAUAUUUAUGUAUAGAUACAUACGCGGACGAACCUACACGCACACACGCUUAUACAGAGAUAAACACACGCUCAGUGAGAACACUAGAAGUUUCGAGUAUUGAAACGGGUUGUUGUUGUUGUUGUUUUUAUCGAUUCACGAUCUCAUCAGAUGAUAUAUUUCACAUAGUUUUCGUCGUAUGCACGUGUAUUCUCGUAAUAAAACUACACGGCGAGAAUAAGCGCGUAAAGAAGAGAAAUAAGAAGAUAAAAGAGAGAAUUUUAAACAAUAAUACAAGAAGUUAAAAUAACAUCGUCGGGAUAUAUUAUUUAGUGGAGAAUCGAGGUUAAACCGGUGUGUUUAAAUGUAACUUACAGAGAGAGAGAGAGAGGAAGAGAGAGAGAGAGAAAGAAAAUAAGAAGAAAAUACCAACAUAUAUUAAAGUGGCAGUUUUUGUGUACUGAGUUUAAACAAACGUACGGUUGUCAACUUUUUACCAUUUAUUUCGUCUUUAAUAAAAAGUUAUCAUAUUCAUAUAAAAUAUAUACGUUUAAUAUAGGUAUAUUUUAUUUGUUGAGUUCGGUUUUCAUAUUUUUAAACGUACAAUAAAAUCGACGCCGCAUCAUAAGUAAUAACCGAAGAACCCCAGAAGAGGAGAAUAUAUAUUGAAGCAGCCGAAAAAAAACUCCCACCAAUAUGUCCACAGCCGUGAUGAGUAAUAACUCGAUGUUCGAGUGCAGCGAGUUGCUGUUCAAGAACGCCACGCCAGCGAAAUCCAAGGAGCCAGUGUCGGCUCACACGCCGUUGAGACGUAGCUACGCGUCGUUGGUAACGCUGAUAGAACAGCACCGCAAGUUGGACCGAAGCGUCAGCGAACCAACGUCGCGUUACAAGACUGAGUUGUGCAGACCGUUUGAGGAAAGCGGUGCCUGUAAGUACGGUGACAAAUGUCAGUUCGCCCACGGUUAUUCGGAGCUUAGAAACCUCGCCCGUCAUCCGAAGUACAAGACGGAACUAUGCCGGACCUUCCACACCAUAGGUUUCUGUCCCUACGGUCCCAGGUGUCACUUCAUACACAAUUUCGAGGAGGCACGCAUCCACAACCAAAAAGUCAGCGCCCAGCUGGGUCAGGCGCAGCCGAACAUAAUGGGCCUCAGUCCCAUAAUCGGUAGCAGUAACGCGAGUCUGAACUCGGCGACGAUCCUCGAACAAAUCGCCGCCAACCACCAUCAGCAACAGCAGCAACAGCAGCAGCAGCAGCAGCAGCAACAACAGCAGCAGCAACAGCAGCAGCAACAGCAGCAACAACAGCAGCAGCAACUUAUAAGAUCCACGUCGCUGGGCGCGUACAACUCGUCGAUAAUGAGGUCGAGUUCAAUGAGCAUCGGUUCACCGGCGUGCCAGAGGGUGCCGAACCACCAGCACCAGCAUCAGCACCACCAUCACCAGGCAUCGGUGAUCGGAACGCGGCCGAAACCGCUGAACCUGAGCCCGACUUUCUCCCUGGGAAGCACGGCCGAUUCGGUAUCGCCGUCGUCCAGUCUUAGCCAAUCGCCGACCAAUUCGAUGGCAAGUUUCUUCAACGACGACGCUCCGACGCCGUUCAGCUUCGGCCAGGACUUCACCAUCCUGACGAGACACAGCCCGAGCCCACAGGGACCGAGUCCAAUCGUCGAGGAUCCAGCGCCAAGGACGCCAUCGCCGUUGUCGCCGAAUGCCGAGUCCAGACUACCGGUAUUCAACAGAAUCAGCAAUCCGAUAACUGAUUUUGAACAUUUGAAGAUAUAAAAUAUAUAACGAGGAUCGUUUUUUUUUUUUAUCUCAUCACCGUCGGGUAUAAACGGCGAGCGAGCCUUUUACAACGGGGAAUAAAACGUGUUUGAAACGAGUUACGUGAUUAUUAUUAAUAUUGUUUUUUUUUCUUUUUUUUUUUUUUUUCUUUCUCGU